GAAAAUACUAGCCAAAAAAAAUUCAACCUCGAAAUUCAAUUGUAAUUAUCUUUUAUGGAUUGUAUCUCUGAGCCUGGUUCGUUCUCAUGGCUUUGAGCUUCUCCAUCAAUGCGACAAUUUCAUCUAAACAUCAAGUGAAAGUGAACUAUAGGAACACGAAGGGUCUUCAAAACGUCAAGAACCUUGUGAACAUAAUUAGGGUUCCUUCAGUUGCAUCUCCUCCCCAUGAAUCUCUCCAAAAAGGCAACUGGGUUAAGCUUAUUUGUGGUGCAAGUUUUGAGGAUGUGGUUGACAUCAGGAAUCUUUCUCUAGUUUACACUUUAGCUGGAGUGGAUUGCAUUGACUGUGCCGCAGAUGCAUCUGUAGUGACUGCGGUGAACCAAGGUAUUGAAGCAGCAAGGGAGAUUGUGCCCAUAAGGAGGCCUUGGACAAUGAUAAGUGUUAAUGAUGACGAAGAUCUUCACUUUCGUAAAGCUGAAUUUAAUCCGGAGUACUGUCCAGUAGAUUGCAAAAGGCCUUGCGAAAUUGUUUGUCCAGCUGAUGCAAUACUGCUAGAGGGUAAAAGAUUAAAAGCAGACGUUUACCAUGGUACCAGCAACCCCGGUGGAUUUAAGGGUGGAGUGAUUACUGAACGUUGUUACGGCUGUGGCCGUUGCUUCCCUGUUUGCCCUUAUGAUAAAAUAAGAGUGGUUACAUAUGUAAGAGAUGCUGCUGCCACAGCUAAACUUCUUAAAAGAAAUGAUGUUGAUGCUGUAGAGAUACACACGAGUGGAAGGCAAACAACUCUCUUCAAAGAACUUUGGAAUGGUUUGGGAGAUUCAGUUAAACAUUUGAGACUAGUAGCAGUUAGCUUACCUAAUGUUGGAGACACAACUUUAUCUUCAAUGAACACAAUGUACUCCAUUAUGGAGCCUCAUCUAUAUUGCUCUAAUUUAUGGCAGUUGGAUGGCCGCCCAAUGAGUGGAGAUAUCGGGCGAGGUGCCACAAGGGAAUCUGUUGCAUUUGCAGUUCGUUUGGCAGCUGCCAGAGACAGGCCUCCUGGUUUUCUUCAAUUAGCAGGUGGCACAAAUGCUCACACGAUUGAUGACUUAAAGAAAGAGGGACUUUUUCAAACAAAAUCCCAAGCCACGAUUUCAGCAGGUACCUCUCCUUGUCUAAUUGGUGGUGUAGCAUAUGGUGGCUAUGCUCGAAAGAUUGUUGGAAGGGUCCUAAAUUCCUUGCAGACGAAACAUGGUAUUUCUCUCAUAGAGGAUCACCCAGAAUAUCUCUUGGAAGCUCUAAAAGAAGCCAUUGCUUUGGUUGGAACAGUAAAAUGUUUUGAGUGCCCCUCGACUUGAUAAUUUCACACAAAUGCAAGAUUAUAAAAUUUAUUUUACCCUUACCAUAGCGCUAACUUUUUUUUUUUUCUUACAGUAAAAUGUCUGCAAAAUAAAAUAGUGUUAAAGCAAAAUAUGUAGACUGUGAAGCAAAAUAAAAUAUAUAAUGUUAAUGUUUUAUAGUUACUGGGUUCGAAUAUUAA